AGGAUCAAAUUUUGAUCAAGUCUCAGCUAUUAGGCCGAAAGCUAGCUUUUCAACUAACAUAUUACCUACAAUUUCUCAGCCAGAAACCAGCUCACGCCAAUUACAAAAUAAAUCUAUGAUACUGGUACAAUUUCAACAGAAACAGUCUAAUUCCGAUGAUUAUCCUAGAGUACCAGAUAAAUAUAUACCAGAAAGACCUCCAGAUGG